GACAAUUACUAUUACAAAUAAAGAAUACAAUAUUCCGUGGUAUCGUACGGUGCCACAUCCACAUGUGCUGAUCCUGAUCUCAUAUCUGGUCGAUCGCCUUGCCUUCCUCUUCCUUCCUGUAACUACUACUACAUCUCAUAGCUAUCUUGUUCCACUGAAAGCAAAGCAGGAAGGGAGAGGUACCUCAGCUGAGCUGCUAAGGGGUAUGGCGACGGCGGCGGCACCCGAUGACUCCACCGUCAGAGAGACGACGAAAGCUUCUGAGGAGGUGCUGCCCCCAACCCUGGGUUCCGGUUCUCAACCACCAAACCUCUUCGAUGGCACAACAAGGCUCUACAUCUCCUACAUAUGCCCAUAUGUGCAGAGAGUUUGGAUAGCUAGGAACUUCAAGGGGUUACAAGACAAGAUUCAGCUGGUUGCCAUAGAUUUGCAAGACAAGCCUGCUUGGUUCCUCGAGAAAGUUUACCCGCCGGGCAAGAUCCCCGUCCUAGAGCACAAUGGCAACAUCAUAGCAGAGUCCUUGGAUCUACUCAGCUACCUGGACGCCAACUUUGAGGGCCCUAAGCUGUUUCCUGGUGAUCAGGACCCUGCCAAGCAAGCUUUUGCUGAUGAGUUGAUUGCCAACAGCGAUUCCGUCAUCACAGCCUUCUUCAAGGCAGGCCGUGCCUAUGCCCAAGGACAAGGAGAUGAUGAUAUUAGUAAGAUACUUGCUCCUGCUCUUGACAAGGUGGAGGAGUCCCUAGGACGUUUCUCUGAUGGGCCAUUCCUCCUGGGGCAGUCCAUGAGCGCAGUCGACAUGGUUUAUGCGCCCUUUGUCGAACGCUUCAAGGAUUUCUUCGCUGCAGUGAAGCACUACGAUAUAACACAAGCAAGGCCUAAACUCAAGGAGUGGAUAGAGGAGCUGAACAAGAUAGAUGCCUACGCAGUGACCUGGGGGGAUCGCCGUCUGCAGCUUGCUGCCUUGAUGAACAAGUUCGGGAUACAAAGCCCAGUAGCCUGAUUUGAUCAUCCCCAGGGGAGGACAUCUUCUUGUCAGGCGUUUCAUGUUGUAUGAGUUGGAAUAAGUCUCAACUGAAUAAGAUGUGUGUCUGCUAUAAUGUGAUUCACACUGUACUCGUCUAGUAUUCUCCAAAUAAUUUGCCUUGUUUAUUUCUCUGAAA